CGGCAGCAUCGGCAGGAAACAAAUCGGGGUUGCGCCUCGAGAUGGGAAGAAAGCCAAAUUUCGUGGUGAGCGGAUUCUUUUCGCGCGGUGAGAAGCUUGAUGAUACAAGUAAUCGAUACGCACAGACUUGCAAACGCUGCGAUGAAGUGUUCCCCAAGGGUCGGGUAGACAGCCUUAUCGGACAUUUGCUGCGUCGAUGCCCGAACAUCAGUGUGGAUGAGCGCAGUUAUGUGCUUCAGCAUGGUCAAAGUGAUCGUCUGAGAAAUUCUGGGCUCCCCGGAGAUGCUCGAGAUCCGGAUGUGAAUUGGUCGCUUGAAAAUCGGCAACAAUAUUCAGCAUUCGAAGAUCGUGCUGUCACGGCGCCAGGCGCUUUUGGACAGAGUCAUGAAGAUAUCGCGUCCGUAGUCGAAUUUCGUAACCCAGCAGCAGACACGAUUCAAUAUGCAUCGUCUGAAGAGCAGUCAGCGCUGCACACGCUUGCCGAGGUCUCCAGGAGACAUCUUGACUACCCCAUCGGCCAACAUGUUCACCAUUUAGUCCCACGGAAGAGACUCGUCUCAUCUGUCCACGAUGUUAGCAGAUCUAGGCCAGUAGCCAAGCUCGGGUCUGACAGCAUGAUGCCAGGAGCCAUGAAUGAGCCCAGACGACCUGGGGCCGAGGACAACGUGGUCAACCAUAGUGCCAGCCACGUUGAGAAAGACGCACUUCACUCGGACUCAAUAGUCAUCACGACAAAUACCGCUCCAGAACACUCGAGUUCUACUAAGCGCCUGGAGCAUGUAGCGGCGCAGGCUCAAGGCUUACUUGAUAUUCCACAGGAUGAUGUAGAGAGUCGCCUGAAAGCACACUUCACCACAGCCGAACCGGCUGAUUUGUCAGGUCCUUCAACUCAUCUCUCGGAAAGAUUGAACCCGCCGAUCGAAGGUACACUUCCAAAGCCUAGGAUGGAGGAUCUCGAUUUUCAGCACAACAACGUCAAAAUCCGGUCUCGGGGCCGCUUUUCUGACAAUAGGAGGAAAGAGGUGAAAGAGAUACGUAGAAGAGGUGCCUGUAUCCGAUGUCGCAUGCUCAAAAAGCCAUGCUCAGAAGGUCAACCAUGCGUGCGAUGUGGGAGUGUCAAAUCUGCACGAGUCUGGAAGAUGGGGUGUAUUCGAACCAAAUUGUCUGACGAGCUGUCGUUGUACACGCGUGGGAUGCUCCGCUCACGAAAAAAGCAAGAGAUACAUGCAGCAAUCAGUCUUUACUCCUCGUCUUUGAUCAAUGACACUGUUGAGGCGCACUUUCAACCUUUUGACGAUGUUCGCAUGAAGUUUAACGCAAUUAGCUACAACACGAAUGCUUCGCUGACAAGUCCAGUUGCAAUUCAAAAUUCCGACGAGCUUGAUCCUCGCAAGAUUCUCUUACUUGAGGAAAACAAUUCCUUUCCCGGCGAAAUCUCACGCUACGUACAGGAAAUUGUCGAGAUCUGUGUCUUGGACGAAGAAUGUACCUUUGUGAAGAUGACGCUUCAAGCGUCACAGUUACUGGUACAAGAGCGAACGGAACCUGUGCGGAAGCCUGAGCUGUCAACACCUCGAUCAAGCUACAAUCUCUAUGAACGGCUCCUGGACGAUACGAUCGAGUUAUGGGUAAUGACCAAAAUCAUGACUACCAAAUCUCAACCAGACCUCACGCUACGUGUCGUGCCAACCAUCGGUGGCGAGAACCCACAAGGCCCAGACAGCCCACCGGUCACCCCAUUUCCCUCACAAAGCAAGCAAUUGGUCUUUUGGCAAUUACUCGCCGCGCUGGAAGAACGAUCGGCCGCUCUGAGCAGGAACGUGGUCAACGAACUUGAGCAUCGUCUGGUCCAGAGGCAACAAGUCUCGCAAUUCGAAACGCUCCUCACAGCAGUCAUUCUGCUCAACUGUGUUGAGCGUCUGACAGGCUUCUAUCACAGUCUUGAUACUAGUUCUGCAGAAAUCUCGCCGGAACACGAUGACAAUACUGACAAGACAGUACUCACGAGCAAUAAGGAAACCGAGUCCGACGAUCUGACCUGCCCUGCUGCAACGCUUGUAGCUCCUACAGCAUCAGCGGCGCUUGCGAGCGAGUUGUGGCUGCAAGGGGAGCGAUUCGCCGAGUUACUCACCACUUUACUAAAGAUGCGCGGCUUGCCGCCCAGCCUGCCCGUUACAUGUCUCCCGUGCGAAGAGGGAGUGUCAGAGAGUCUGCAAUCUCCGAAUGGCGACGAAAAGUCGACAUUGAUGUCAGUAUCAGAGUGGCUGGAAGCUACCAAGCCUUACCAUUCCGAGUUGAUCCGAGCUCGGGGGACUCGAAUAUCGCCCAACGAACAGAGCGCCGCGUCAUGGGACUUGAGGUUCAUCGCCAAGAUGCUCAUCCCAGACGGCUGAAGUCGAUCAGAUCGGAAUAUCACAGAACACACUAUGUAUAUCACGAAUCAAACAGUGGUGGAUAUUUUGAAAGUCUUGUUCAAAAGGUACAAAGAAAACAAAGGAAAGCGAAGCUGCUAUUCAGCUGGCGCAUCACUGCCGGGAUAUCAUUCUUAACCGUAAAAGUAGCCUGUUCAACUCCACAUGCCAUCGUACAA